AACCUUAUAUGUUAUACUUUAAUUUUUUUUUGAAACGGCUAUAAAUUAUAAAAAUGAGGAAACAUUAUAUUAUAUAUUUUUCUUAUAUAAAUUUUCCUUAAGCAUACAAUUAAAAGCAUUAAAAUGACAUGUAUCAAUUCAAUGGUUGAUCUGAAACCUUUCAAAACUAUAUGAAAGAUAAAUGUCAAAAUAAUUCAACUUUGGAAAAAAACAGUACUGUUCAUUUUUUCAAGAAUGUGUUCGGUGGAAAAAAUAAAGUUUUUGUGUCAUAAGUUGUUUAAUGUCCAGUCCGAUCAAUCCGUGAUAUAUUAAUUAUAGUUUAGUUCCAUAAUUUUUAAUAAAAAUUGAUACGGUCCAUCGGAAAAAAAUUAUAUAAUAACAACAAAAAACAUUUUAUAUGUAUAAAUAAAAUGAUCAAAUAUAUAAAAAAAAUUGUCAGAUAGUAUAUACAAAUAAACUCAUCUUACGCAAAUUGCAUAUCUUAUCUUAGUAUUAAUUUACUUCUAAAUUAUUUAGGAAUCAGUUUCUGUGUAUAAGAAGUUUCAACUUGGCACAAUAUCAUAUCGGACAAGAUAUCGAUCUUCCGUUUAUAAUCCUAAACUAUUUUCUAAUUCGUAGAUAUUUUUAUUAACGAUUCUUCGUAGAUUUUCUUUUUUUCUUUGAACUGGCGAUUCGUAGAUAUUGGAAUCCUUGUAAACUCUUUUUCUUUAACGAACAAAGGCGGAAAGAUCACAAAUAUUCUUAAAAUCUUGGCAAAAAAAUGUAUUUAAUUCCUAAGUAGUAAUAGUGUGGAAUAAAAGCAUUAUAUAUUGGAGAACUUAAUUAAAUCACAUAAUUUCUACUACUAUACUAAAAUCUCUAGCUGUUUUCUAAAUAGAUGACAAAAAUUGUUAUUAUAAGAGCAUUUUAUAUUCUUUAAGUUCUACGCUUUUACGUGGUACUGAAAAUUUCCAUUUUGUUUUGUAACUUUUAUUUUUUAUGAAUAUGAUAAUCACGUUUUUAAAGUUUUCUUUGUAAAAUGUCACGAAAGUGAACUUCUGAAAGCUUAUGGUUCUAUUCCAAUUAUGACUCGGGAAAACUUACGUUCAAAGAAACUUAUGUAACCUAACUUGAUGAUGAUCAUCAAUUAAUAGUAAGUCACAAAUUCUUAAGUCACUUUAAUGCAAAAAAUACAUUGAAACAACAAAUUUUGUCUAACAGUUAGUAACCAAUAUUUACAAAUAUACAAUUUUUAAUAUUAAUACUCUUUUAAUAAAAUACCUUACUUGAAUUACUGUCAAUUUGAAGAUAUAUAUGAUGGACGAAAGCUGUCUGUGGAAGAUAUUAUGUGGUCGAGAAGGAAAUCAUGAUGAACUGCUAACUAUAUGUGAUUUUUAAUAUUAUUGUUUUCAAAAAAAUGAUUAAAAAACUCAUGGAAUCUAGUUUUUACUUUUAUAUUUUUCAAGUUUUUAGUUUCUUCUGGUAAUUCGAUUUCCAUGCGUGAGUUAUAUCCUAGACACCUGCUGCGACCAAUAUGAAUCAAAAUUAUCAGUGAAAUAGAGCGAUUGCUUUUGAUUAUAAGUUCUCUCAUGUGCACCCAUAAUGUUUCAAGUUCGAGUCCAUCUUUUGCUUAUAUUUUUAUUUCUAUACACAGAUGCACCCAUUACAAAAAGAUUCUAGCUUCGCCCCUGAUGCAUGUGUAUGCAUAGUGGAUUUGAAUAAUGAGUAUAUGUAUGUUUUAGAUAUUUAAAAUUAGCAUUAAUUUGUAUAAGAUAAGUAACUAAUCUGAAAUAUGUGAAUGAGCUGAAUGGAGCGGACAGACCAUCAAACCGUCAAUGGCAUUGAAGGAGAUAUACAUUAUUGAGGGAACAUUGGUUAAAUAAAUUAUUAUAUUCGAUUCCGUGUUCUGAUGUUUACAUGUAUAUGACAAUUAAUACAUUUUUUAUUCGGAAUCUUAUCAUAACUUCCAACUUUAUAUUUUAAAUCUUGGAUUUCUUUUUCAUCAAACGGCUGGUAUUUUAAAUCUUGGAUAACUUCAAAGAAAACGAAUGUUCGUAUAGAAAUGCAUUAUUCAUAACAAUAUUUCAUUGGAAAAGUAUAGAGAAGCUCUAGUUAAAAGUGUGUGUUGGUUCCUUUAGUUACGAAUAAGCUUUGUCUAUAUAAAGGCACGUUGGCUGUCUUUUACAAAUCAAACAUUCAAACUCAAACCAAAGAUAACACAGAAAGAAAACACGUUUCUUCUCUUUAUUGUGAUUCAUUGGCAAUGGCUCAAAAUGAUAGAAAUACAAGGAUUGCUCAAAAGGCGUUUGAAAUGGUCGAUAAGGUGUACGGUAAGUCCCAGAAAAUAACUCCUCCGCCACACGUUCCUAGAGACGAGUUCCCUUCUCGUUAUAGCCAAAACUCUUACGAAUAUGGUGGUCCAAAAACAUAUACCAUAAAAGAGGCGAUUAGUACUACUACUCGCCGCCGAGUCAUUUAUCAUCAGUAUUCAAAUGGGUCAACUAUAAAAGAACCGGUUGUUCCUCACCCCACGGAACGUAUUCAAUACUUUGGUGGUGCCACUGCCCGUCCUUUUAUCGGCUAUGCCAACCGGUUUGAGAGGCCAAAAGGGCGGGCUAUUAGCUGCGAUGAGGCGGUCCAACUCUAUGGAGGGGUGCUUAUAAAGGAGUUUCGUAAGUAAGCGACACAGGAUGAGUUUGUAAGAUGGUGAUAUAUAUAUAUAUAAAAGAUAUUUUAAUUCUGCUUCCUGAAAAUAAUGCAGACCAACACAUAUGCUAAAGCUUGUUGUCAAGGCUUUCACUUAGAAUAAGCUUUAGGUCACUACCAAUUAAGUGUUGUGUCUGUUACGUAUCUACUAGUACUUUAACUGAGUUGAUGAAGCUUAUAUAAUGUAAAAUAGUUACGUGUUUACUACUAAUAAUGGAAUUCUAUAUGUUAAUGUAAAUAUGUGUUCUUAAGCAUGCAUAAACGAGCAUAAACAACCAUGGCAUGCCUCUCGAAUCGGCCCCUAAUUUUUAAGAUUUCAAAAGGGCCAAAAAUAUUUGCCCUUUUGACGGGAAAUGUGCAUUUAGUUUCUCUAAAUUUUCCACUCGGCAAGUUUGUUCUUCAACUAUAGCUCGUGCACAAUAAUACCUCAAAUUAUAGUUGACUAUGCAAAAUUGUGAUUAGAAAAGGUUAACCGUUAAAUAUUUAAUGGAAAUUAGUUUAUUUGAAACAUGAUUGCGAUUUUAAAGUUAAAUCUAUCAAUUGAAAAAUAAAAUUUUAGCUCCUUAACUAUUUGCAAUCGACAUAUUUGUUCCCCAACUAUUACUAUGCAAAAUAUCUAAGUUAGUGAUAAAUCCGCAAAUUGUGACUAAAACAUAAAUCCACAUAAUUAAAUAAAUCGACACACAAAUGCAAAAACACUUAGUAUUGUGCAUUUAUGAUUGAAACUCUUUUGGUUUAAAAUAUUUGAUGCUAAUAAAUAGUUAGUUCCAAUGAAAAUAGACGGCAUAUGUACAAUACUGAUUACUGGUUGGUUCAUAACUUUAUAUUCUAGUAUUAUCUUUCAGUUAUAAUUAAUUAAGAAACCUAACUUUAGAAGUAAAAAUGAACUUUAGUAUAAUAUAUAGGGAAAUUUGCCAAAAUGGAACAAAAAUUUAGGAUGGUUGUCUAUUUGGUAUAAAACCAAUUAUGUCCACUUUGUCUUUCUUUUACCAUUUUCAUUUCUAAAACUUAAUAAAAUAAAUAGUUUUAUGAAUCAAAAGAAUUAUUAAAAAUAUAAAAUUAAUAAAACACCUAUACACACAAACACACAUUUUUUUGUUGAAAAUCUUGAUAAAUAAAAUUGUUAAAUUACGUUCUAUUAAAAGUAGAAUUCGUCUUUUACGGAAUAUGAGUUAGUAGAAAACAAAUUCCAGAAUAAACAAGGUCAUCUAUUUUUUUUUAAACGAACAAUCUACUUUUAAUUAAAAUUCUAAAUAUGAAGAAUGCGAAUUUUACUAAUUAUAAAGAUAUCUAUUUUUUCUCUCGAAUGCGGUUUCUACUUUCAUGAAGUAUUCUAAAAUUUUGGAAAUGUGAAAUCUAAAUAUAACAUGUAUGUCUAUAUGAGUAGAAAUGACAUUCAAGAUUUUUGUCAUGGUUCUACUCAAUGUAGAAGGUGUUUUCUACAGAUAAGAAAAUCUGGUUUUCGAAAAAUUAAGGAAGCAUAUGUUAAGAAAAUAUUAUAAAAAUAUUCUAACUUCCUAAAACGUGUUUUGAUCUAUUUGCUUUGUCAAAAUAUAUAAUAAAAACGAUUUUUUUUGUUCUUCUUCAUCAAUCUAUGAUUUCUCCAUAGUUUGUCUUGUGAUUUUCACAAACUCUUGUUCUAUGAUGCAUAUCUAUAUAACAUGUAGUGUUUGGGAAUUUGAUGCAACCACGGGUUGGAUUUUUUCGGCUGAUGACAAAGGAGGUAGGCUAAUGUUAUUGGAAUCAAGUUCUAUCUUAGAAGAUUUUAAAAGAAUGGUUGUGGAAGAUUGAUAUGGAAGAAGAUUAGGGUUACGGGAUAUUUGGUUCUGUAUCUUUUAUUCUAUUUUUUUAAUUGUUUUUACAUUUCUUUUGCUUUUUUAAAACAUUUUACUUUUAUCUUUUUUCAUUAAAAUUUUAAAAAUGGUUUUAAUUUAUGUUUAAUUUGAUUAAUGAAAGAUUAGUUUUGAGACUAUGAAAAUAUUAUACUAUAGGGAUAACUUAGUGAAACUUAGUGAUGAUAUCAUAAUAAAGGGACAACUAUUCUAAAUUUUUGUUCCGUUUUGACAAUUUUCCCUAAUAUGAGAUAUAUCACCGCUGGUUUCGAUUACAAUAUAUCUCCAAAUCAAGUUCCAAUAAUAAUAUUAGAUUCAGAGAAGGAGAUGAGAUUGAGCUCAAGCUCAGAAAAAAAAGGGGAAGACGGUAGUUUGUUAUUAAUCUCUCAAACUGUAUUAUGUUACAAUGGUAGAGUAUUUAUAUGAAUCUAUCAAUCUCCUAACCGGUAUUAACCAUACAUAACCAGCCUAUACUCUAAUAAAUAAUGUGACAGAAAAUUCAUUCAAGAAUGUAAAUUUCUCUAAACAAUUACAAGCAGUUUUUUUCAAACAAAAAAAAAUUACAAGCAGUUACGUACCGGAUGGGAGAUUCGUAAUGAUAGCAGACUAGGCACAUCAACACAGUGGUAGUUAAGAAAAUGCGAUCCUCUUCAGAUCGACCGGUCUCGCCGCUAUGAGUUGGUCUAGCAACCGACGUCAUCUCUAGGCGCUAACAGAGCGUACAUCAGGCAGGUCAUGUGUUACGUUAAAUCAUAUAUUAUUUGUUAGUAAACGUAGUUCCUUAUCGUCAGUCCAUUCAUCUAUUUCGAUAUAUUAGUAUCACUAUCGAUAGAUUUACGAAACACAAACUCAAAGCGUCCCAGACGCAUUUAGCUUAAUUAUAUUUGUCGUAUAUGUUAAUGAAUUCAUCUUCUUGAAAACGUACGUUCUAUAAAUCAACUCAAACUGUUAACUACCUCGUUACUGCUCAGCUUUUUGUACCUAUCUGAAAUUGUAGGCUUUAUUUAUGUCACCGUCUUUCAAGAACAUCUUCAAAAUACACUCUAUAAUUUCAAAUAUGAAAUUUUUUGUUCUUCAAAAAGAAAUUUCAAAAUUUCAAAUUUGAAGUUUCGAAAAGUAAAACUCUAUAUUUAAGGUUUCACUAUUCAAAACUUCAAAUUUGAAAUUUCGUAUUCUUAUUUGUAUUUUGAUCCCUACAAUCACACAUCACUUUUCUCGUUUAUUGUUUUAAUCCUUAAAAAAAAUAUUUCAUAAAUAUUUUAAAUUUUAUUUAGAGAAUUUAAAUUUUACACAUAAAAUUAAAUAAAACUUUAAAAUAAGAUUUAAAAUAUUUUAAGCUAGAUUUAGACAACAAUAAUAUACAAAAAAAACUUAACAAAAAGAUUUUAAAAAAUUUCAUGAAAACAUAACUAUUACACAAAUUUAAAUAUUACAACAACACUAAUAGUCAGGUAAGUUUGAUCUGGAACCUUCAAAAUUUUCAAAUAUUAUCCAAUUUUUUUUGUGUAACUGAAGAUGGUUGUUGUUGUUGUUUUUAAUGUCUUUUUAUGGUUUAUUGGGAGCAAAAAAUGUAAAGGCGUGUCUAUCACCUCUUUACUCGGAGGUGGAGGCGUUGAUUUGGGCAAUGGAAUGUAUGAAGAACUUACGACAGUUUCAGGUUACGUUUGCAACGAAUUGUUCUCAAUUGGUGAAGAUGGUUUCGGAACCAGAAAAAUGGCCAGCAUUUGAAAGCUACCUGGAAGAUAUCAAGCUUUUACGAAGAAGCUUCAUCAACUCAGACGUCGUCCAUGUACCCCGAACGGAGAACCUAAAAGCGGAUAGCUUGGCACGUAGUGCUAGAAAACAACCGUCUUUCGUCGUUCAUAUGGAUGCAGAGUUGCCAAUUUGGUUUACAGAGUCAAUAUGAGUCUGUGAAUGUCUUGCUGUAAAAAAAUAAUGUCUUUUUGGUACAAUUCUUUCUUGUUCAUAUCGAAUAUAUUCACGAGUAUUAAUAUCAUCGAAAAGAAAUUAGUCUUUUUGCAAUAUUUAUAUUUCUCUUUUACUUUCUUGUUCCGAUCUAAUGUAUUUACAAGUAUCAAUAUUAUCCGAUUUCAACAUCUUUUAACUCGUAAUCUACAAAGUAAAAAUGAUGAGAACCAUUUUUACUUCGAAAUGCACUAAUAGAUGAUAUAUGUAUUACUAAAAUCAUUUUAUGAAAUAAUAUGAUAUUUUGUUUGAAGUUUAAUAUUAAUUAAGUUAUUUUUAUUUAAUUUUUUAUAUUUUAAUAGAAUAUUUUAUUAAUAUUGUUGUAGUAUGUUUAUAUAUGUGCUAGUUAUUUACUAAUUCAAAUUAGUUAUGAUAAAUAUAAAGAUCAUACUAUAAAAUAUAAAUAGUUUUGAAGUUGAGUUUGAAAUUUUAAUUUUGGAGAAGAACAUCUUUAAACUUCAAAUAUAGAGUUUUAGAAAUUUCAAAAUAGAGUUCCUUUUUGAAGAUACUCUAAACUCAAAAUAAUAGCAAAAUAAUAAAAACAAUAAUAGCAGCUAUUAAACCCAACAUUUAAUUGCAAAAUGAUCAUACUCUUAUCAUAUAUCUAGGUAAAUCAUUGGCUGUCAUUCUGUAAAUAAGUGUGAAUCUAUAUUCUACUCACUUUGAAGAAAUUUUCUUUUCUUUGUUUGUGCUAAUUUGAUCUUUAUAUGAUUAUAUCGUAAAGUUAAUUUAUCGGAUGAGUGCUAGCUUGUCAUCGUGUAAAAUAUAGCACGUGAAAACCAAUAAAUGUAUAUGUAUGUGUGCUGCCGUGCCGUGGUCAGUGGCAGGAGGGUCAGUUGACUUAGGUGGAUUUUUCUAUUAAAAUUACUUGUAUAUAAUUACCACCUAAAAUAAUGCGUUAUAAGAUAUAAUUAAUAUCAUGAUAUUAUAUAAAAUAUAUACAGUGUGUUAAUUAUAGGAUCACAUGACAUGAUAUUUUGGUAGCCUGGAGAAUAUCAUAUUAGCAAAAGAGAGGAGCCAGCAGUUGGAACUUGGAACAUUGAUCCGAGCAAGGGGAAAGAGUAUAUUUUUUUCAAACAACGUUUACUGGCCGGCUGAAGGUGACCAAAACACCACCAAUUUAUUGAACUAAAGAACGUGCAUGCAUGAUUAACUAUUAGAAUCAUAGGUAAUCUCCAAAGAGGUACAUCGUAUCAGGUUUAUCAUUCUCAAAUGGGAACAGUUGAUUUAAUCCUAUACCAUUACACAAUUUAUAAAUUAGAUAUAUCACCCAAGGAUUGGAGUUUACGAUUUACCCAUCACUCACGAGAUGUAAACAUUGUAAGUGUUGAGACAAAAGAUCAUGAAUUGUUCGUUUAAUAUUGAAAGAGUAUCAUGUUUAUGUUUCCCUCAUUAGUCGAUAAUGGAUGGAAGUAAAUUAAGUGUUUGGACGAAAAUAAAAUAUGCAUUUGAAGUUGACUUGCAGUUCAUAAUUAUAUUUUGAUUAUUUAUGUAAUUGCCACGAUUUUACAUAAUUCGACUAAUUUUAUAUUAAGCAUAUACGUACUGGAAUCACAUGUAUCGUCCUGACCUGUCAGAACAUGUAUUCUUAUGGUUAAUACAAUAAAAUACAUUUAUAUGUAGCUAACGGAACGAUAUAUCCUCAACUUCACCAAAAGAAAUCUUCAACUUCACCAAACCUAUAUAAUUUGUUUAACGUAAAACUCAGUAAAGAUUUUACCGAUGUAAACAGAUAACAUU